CAGUCAAGAAGAGCCUGUCUCUGCUUUGAUUCUUCCCAACUGGGAUGCCUUUCCGUUUUACCUAUCCUGUUCUCACCAGGCCACUUCUAAGGAGUGCCGCUUGGUCUCCUAAUCCACCCAGAUUUCUGCCUCUCCCACUAUCAAAUGCUUACAGUGCAUUCUGUGUGUCUCAGGCUAAUCUUGACUGGGGACAAUUUUUGGUUUUCCUAGCCCUCCCUGUGGUCACUGGAACUGUCCCCACCCACAAGUUGUGCUCCCUAGGGAGUGGCUAAGUAGUUAGUAUAUGGGUGGGGAGGCCAAACAGGAGGGUCCAGAAAGGGUUCUCAGCUUUUUCCCUGUGCUUCUCCACAGAGGGUUAGACCUCUUGUCAGAAGUUGCUUAUGUGGUCUCACUGGGUAGUAAUGACAUCACAGGCCUCAGUUUCCAUGGCAAGAGAACUACGCAAACGCCAUCUCCCUGAGGAAACUUCCCUAUCUUUUCUCUACAAGAGACGGAUCUGGUUGGUUGCCUGAAAGAAAAUGUCUGACCGAAUCUUCUAUAUUCAUUCCAACAUGUCUUCUGUCCCCUGGGAAAGCAGUGCAACAGUGCCUCCCAUGCCGCCUCCUACGCCUGUUUACUACCAUGUCCUCUACCAAGGGUAUGGAGAAACCCAGAUAGGCUGGCAUGGGGAGACGUACUGUCUGGUGGGUGGCUACCGGCUCUAUGGCGAUGCUCCCCUGGCCACUCCAGCAAAGACCAAAACAGAGAAGCCAGCACCCAGGCAGGCUCCCAAGAGACAUCGAGCUCCAGAACCAGAUGAAGAUCUAAGUUGCUCUAACUCCAAAAUUCGUCCUUUGAACCAUGGUGGCAGAAGGCUGACCCCAAAGAAGCUGGCGAAACGACCUAAUCUAUUGAAAGGACAAGCAUGUAAGAGUGACUGCCACUGCCUGCCUCUAGAAAUAGAACCUGAGCCAUUCUGCCUGAGCCCUCCACAGCCAGGAGCUCCCCUUCUAUUCCAACUGGCUACAGGCAAGAAGGUUUGAGAGAUGAGGCUGCUUUGAUUUCCCAGAGCUGAAGCUGGCCUGGACAAAGGCUUUUUCUCGGGCAGAAGAAAGAAUAAUCUUCACUGUGCAAACCAAGAAAGAGCCAAGUAUACAGAAAUGGUGCAGAGUGGCCUAGUAGAAGCCCAAUGUACCAGAUAGACUCCUGUUCCUGAGUCACUGCCAGUGGCCACCAGCACAAACCAGGAGGGGCUGAAGUGGGGUGAAACAAGUGUAUGCCCCAGAAGCCUCUUGCCUGUAUCUGCAAGAAGCAGAAGAAAGAGCUCCAGGGAGACCAGCUACCAGGAGAAAGUUUAUCAAGACCCCACUACCACCCCCUUUAGCUUAUAGUUC